AUGGCGCGUCCUUGGGGCAAGGUCGGCGCCUGGGCGGACGAUUCGGAAGCGGAAGCGGCAGCGGCAGCGGCGCCCACAGCGCCACCGCCAGCAGCGCCGUUGCCAGUGGAAGCGUUUCCAUCGCUGGGGGAGGCCGCCGCCGCGAAAUCCAGCAAGAAGAAGAAAGGUCAGACGCUUACUUUCGCGGAGUUCCAAUCAGGGAAGGCGGGCGAUUGGGUGGCGGCUUCCGGGACUAUGGCGGUUUCCGGGGCGACAGGGAUCGCGGGGACAGGGAUAGAGGUGAUAGAGGCGAUAGGGAGCGCGAUCAGCGUGGCUUUGGAUUCGAUAGAGAGCGCGAGGCCUCUCGCGCCGACGAUAGCAGCGACUGGAGCUCCAACAAGCCUUCCAGGAGGAGCUGGAGGAGGAGGUGGUGGGCGAUUUGACGACGAGAAUCGGCGGUACAGUGGCGAUCGCUUUGGUGGCGAUAGAGAUCUUCCCUCCAAGGCGGAUGAGGUUGAUAAUUGGGCUUCUGGGAAGAAAUCGCUGCCUCCUCCCGAGAGGAGAUCCGAUGACUUUGGUAGGAGGUCCGAUGACUUUGGUAAAGGUGGUUUUGGGAAAGCUGACGCUGAUGACAACUGGGGAGCUAACAAGAAGCCCGUGGUCUCGGACAAGUGGUCGUUUCGCAGGUCUGAUGACUACGGCGACCCCGACUCUGGCGACAAAUGGAGCAGGAGGAGCAACGAUGACUCUCCCGGCGAUGAUAAGUGGGGCGCUAGGAAAGCUGGCGAUGAGGCCCCUCGCAGGCCACGGUUGAAUCUACGGCCCCGGACCCUCCCGCUGGAGAAUUCGCCGCCUCCAGUGUCUGCUGAUCAACAACAUGGCAGUCGGCCAUCCAGCAGUCACUCUAGUCGACCGGGGAGUCCUCCAGAAGUGGAAGCACCUCCAGUUGAGCCAAAGCCACGCCAGAAAGUGGAUCCUUUUGGGAACGCAAAGCCGAGGGAGGUGUUGCUGGAGCAACGAGGACAGGACUGGCGGAAGAUGGAUAUGGAUCUCGAGAGCAAAAGGCCCGACACUGACGAGGAGAAGAAGCUCAAGGAAGAGAUCGUGUCCCUGAAAGAGCUAGCGGAUAGCACCGCCGACCCUGCCGUGAAGGAGCAACUAGCCGAGAAGGAACAGGAGCUCGAGCAGCUGGUCAAAGAGCUUCAUUCGAAGGCACGGGUAUCGUCGGAUCGUUGGAGGAAGGACGAGUCGAGAAUCACUAGCCCUCCCGCUACAAGGCGCGAUCCAUGGAAGCGGGAGAAUGGAAGGGAUCGGCCAACGGUUGAUCGAUGGUGAUGAUUCCAACAGCUUUUCGAUUUUGUGUUACGACCGUCGCCCACCAUGAUCUCGUGCUCUACAAUAAUCCGGGUGGCGACGGAGGUGAGAGAUCUACUCUAUUAAUUUUUAUUAAUAAUCCACAGUGUUCUUCGUUUAUUACAUUGAAAGUAUCUUCGACCGCU